AUGUUCAGGACACCCGCAGUACCUGCAGCUGCAAAACGAGUCGCAUCCGCAGGGCCCAUGGUGAAUGCAGUAUUCGAACCACCCGCCGUCUCUUCCACAACAGAUGAACCCGUCGUAUCUGCAGUACCUGUGAGACCCGCAGCUCCCGGCGAACCUGCACUGACCGUGGUGCUUGCGGUGCUCGUUGUAACUGAAGGGCCGGCCGCACCUGAACUGCCCGCAAUACCUGCGGUACUUGGAGAAUCCGCACUGCCUUCUGCAUCCGCACUUCCGGCUGUGCCUGCGGUUAUCAUAGGACCCGCAACGCCCUCCGCUCCGGGACCUAACAUAUCUGUGAUCCCCAUAGUACCCGCAACUCCCAUCGGACCUCCGCUGCCCGUCGUAAUCGCUGCACCUGGAGAAACCGGAAUUUCCGUCCUACCUGCACUGCCUAGUGUGCCUGCAAUACCUGUAGGACCCACAGUGCCUUCCGCCCCCGGACUACCUAUCGUACCUGCAAUACCUGUAGUAGCUGCGAAUCCCGGCCAAUCUGCAGUACCGAUCGUACUUGGUGGACCUGCACUAGCUGAGAACUGCGUUGCCGCUUGUCCUUCCAUCUAUAGCAAUGACUGUAAUGGCUACGGUGCAAUAUGCGCGAGUGCCACAGAAGCCUUAGCUGCAGUGAUCAGCACAGGAGCUGAAUGCCAGCAAACAUGGGUUUGCCCCUCAGGCACCUCAGCGUAUUAUUAUACAUCUCUCAUGUCCGAACCUUUAGCAUUCCCAGCUAAUUAUGCUAGCUGUCUCCCGUCAGGUGGCGGUACUUGGACUAUUCCCAAUAGUUACACAACCAUCGCAGCACUCGCAUGUCAAGGAAGAGGAAUUUAG